CAAAAAUUGAGGAGAUAAAAUUAAGAGAGAAAAGGUCUCGCUCAAUGGCUGGAUGGUCGAUGGUAGCAGACGAAGACGAUGCCGUCGAUUUCUGCAAAACAUCGAAGAAUCUCGAAUCUAAUAACUCUCCUGAAGCCGUCAAUAUCAACGAUCUCGUCUCCUUGUUCCAACGCUUACUCGAAUCUUUCCUCGUCGUGUUUUGUCCCGCGGAUGGUUUCCGACCUCUUCCUCCGAUGACCGGGGACGGGAGAGUCGUAGAUUUGUUCAGCCUUUUCCUCAAUGUUAGUCACAGAGGCGGGUUUAAUGCCGUCGUUUCGUGGGAGGAAGUAGCUCAGGAGUGUGGAUUAGGGUUUAAUAACUCUGCUACUGUGAAAUUGAUCUAUGUUAAGUAUCUUGAUGCGUUUGCUCGUUGGUUGAACAGAGUUGGUAAUGAUGAUGAUGUUGAUACUAGCAGCGUUGAGUUGUGUGGAGUCUCGGAUGAUUUGAUGAGUAGGCUUAAAGAUUUUCUUUGUGAGGUUAAGAGGAAGUAUGGGGUGAGGAAUGGUACUGCUUUGAGGGAGUUAGGAGCAGAACUUAAGUGGUUUGUAUCUAAAACGAAGAGAAGUUAUGAUGAUAAGAAGCUUAUGAGCCUUGGCUCUUUUUCGCCUGGGAAGAGAAAACGGGAGUGUCCUUUGGAGACGUUGAGAUGGUUAAGCGACGCUGCUAAGGAUCCAUCUGGUAUAUCUAUUGGUCGUGUGCCUGAUAGAUCAAAGUGGGAUUCUUAUGGAAGUGAAGAGCCGUGGAAACAGCUUCUUCUGUUUAGGGCAUCGAGAACAAACUCUGAUCCGGCUUGUCAAAAGAUUUGGCAGAAAAUCCAGAAGAUGCAUCCAUCUCUGUAUGAGGAUAGUGCUGGACCUAGUUACAAUCUCAGAGAGAGACUCAGAUUUGAUGGGAGUGAGUGUGGCUCGGCUUCAGAUGAGGAGGAUACACCAUGUGCUCGAGUUGGCUCAAAGUUUCAGGCUGAAGUACCUGAGUGGAUCGGCGUCAACAGUGAAAGCGAUUCAAAGUGGUUGGGCACUCGGGUCUGGCCACUGAGCAAAGAACAAAGCAACAGUAAUCUUCUCAUCGAAAGAGAUCCUAUUGGGAAAGGAAGACAAGAUCCUUGCGGCUGCCAAAACCCUGGUUCUGUUGAAUGUGUCAGAUUCCAUAUAAACACAAAACGGGAGAAACUAAAACUUGAACUUGGUUCAGCAUUCUACAUGUGGUGUUUCGAUAGUAUGGGUGAAGGUACUCUGCAGUAUUGGACAGACUUAGAACUGAAGAAAGUAAAGCUUUUGGCUUUUCCACCUACACUUAGCCCAUCUUUCUUCAAUGACCUCAAGAAGAUUCUUUCUUCAAAGAGCAGAGAAGAGAUUGUGGGCUACUAUUACAACGUGGCGCUUUUGCAGUAUAGAGCAAAUCAGAAUAGAAGGGCUCCUGAUGAGGUAGACAGUGAUACUGAUCAAUACUACAACCUUGCACCAGGGAAUGGAGAUCCAACCAUGGAAGCCAACACCUCUGAGAAACCUGUCCUGCUUACCCCUAAGAAAAAACGGCGUCGAUAACGAGGAGAUGUAGUAGCUAGCCUUUAUGAAUCACCCCUUUGGAGAUUUAAGUUGGAGCAGCCCCUUUUCUUUUGUUCUUUCCAUCUAUUUUUUGGAGGCAUCUAUGGCCAUUGAAACUGCUUAAAAACUCUUUAGGGGAAGGGUUCAUCAGUCAGCAGCCCCUUUUCUUUUGUUCUUUCCAUCUAUUUUUUGGAGGCAUCUAUGGCCAUUGAAACUGCUUAAAAACUCUUUAGGGGAAGGGUUCAUCAGUCAGUAACAUCGUCUCAGCAAAUUCUGGUUUUGUUUUUUUGAGGUACAUACUGCCAUCUCUCCAUUGUUUUGAAGAUGCUACAAGAGUAUUCCUUUUGUGGUUGGCAAAGGCUUUGUCAAAACUUGUUGACUACAGUGAAAUUUCGGAUUAGUUUGGUGAAUACAACAGAGACAAAGUGUAAUUGCUAUUUGUUUGUUUCAAAUGGAUAAACUAUGAACUCAG